AUGAGUCAGCGCGCAGGGGAAGCAACUAAGGAAGCCUCCUAUAUCUCGGCCGAUCUGCAAGAAAGAUACUCUCAUUGGAAGAAAAACACUAAGCUACUUUAUGAUUACUUAAACACAAACUCGACCAAAUGGCCGUCCUUAACGUGUCAGUUCUUUCCUGAUUUAGAUACCACUUUGAAUGAGCAUCGCAUCUUAUUAUCCUCUUUCACAUCCUCCCAAAAACCCGAGGAUGAGACCAUAUAUAUCAGCAGAAUAUCCACGUUGGGCCAUAUAAAAUGGGCAUCUUUAAAUAAUUUUGAUAUGGACGAGAUGGAGUUUAAACCAGAAAAUACGACUACAUAUCCUUCGAAACACCUAGUUGAUGAUAUUCGCAUCUUUUUCCCGAAUGGCGAGUGUAAUAGAGCAAGAUAUUUACCCCAAAAUCCAGAUAUUAUUGCCGGCGCCUCUUCGGAUGGUGCCAUCUACAUAUUCGACAGGACGAAACACGGCUCCACCAGAAUAAGACAAUCUAAAAUCUCACAUCCAUUUGAGAUCAAGCUGCUCGGUUCACAUGGAGUUAUUCAAGACGUAGAGACCAUGGAUACUUCUUUGGUAGACAUAAAUGAGGCCACAUCACUAGCCUGGAACUUGCAGCAGGAAGCACUUUUACUUUCUUCUCAUUCCAACGGUCAAAUACAGGUUUGGGACAUUAAACAAUAUUCGCACGAUAACCCUAUUAUUGACGUACCCUUAAUGUCAAUAGACAGCGACGGAAGUAGUGUGAAUGAUGUAACAUGGAUGCCAACACAUGAUUCAUUAUUUGCCGCUUGCACAGAACGGAAUGCAGUUUCACUAUUAGAUCUGAGAACCAAAAAAGAGAAACUAAAAAGCAACUGCAAAAUCCACGGAGGCGGCGUAAAUUCCUGUAAAUUCAACUACAAGAACUCUUUAAUUCUAGCAUCUGCAGAUUCAAAUGGUAGAUUAAAUUUAUGGGAUAUAAGAAACAUGAACGAAAAUCCAAUCGCUACCAUGGAGCAUGGUGCUUCCGUUUCGACUCUAGAAUGGAGUCCAAACUUCGAUACCGUUUUGGCAACAGCCGGCCAAGAAGAUGGAUUAGUUAAGCUAUGGGAUACUACUCGUGAAGAAAGUAUAUUUACACACGGUGGCCAUAUGUUCGGUGUGAAUGACAUUUCGUGGGAUGUCCAUGAUCCCUGGUUAAUGUGCAGUGUGGCGAACGACAACUCAGUUCAUAUCUGGAAACCUGCAGAAAAUAUCGUGGGAUCUGAAUAA